AUGGCUUCCAAACAAUCCCCAACCUUCCGGUUCCAAGCAUGGCACAUUAGCAAAGAUUUCGACGUGGAGAGCUUGGAGGAGAAUAAGCAAAUGGCAUCUUUUGUUGAGAAUCAUGUUUCCCGUCAAUUGAAGGGCCUCAUCAGUAUUGGGCCUGUGGUUCCGACCCGAGCCUAUCCUACUCUGGCUGUAGCUCGUUCGAUCCGGAUCAGGCUCAAGCGCCCGACCAUGGACUGGGAGGGGAACAUGAGGCAGCUAUCCAAGGUCGAGCUGCCAGCAAUCAUCAAGCGAUACUUCAAAGUGAAGCUCAACAAGACUCUCGACUUCUACAACGCCUUUGCAGAGGAGCUUGCCCCCGACCAGAUACCUGAGUAUGGAAAAGUAUUGGUGUCUGCCGACUUGCAGCGGAAAGUUCGCGAUGUGUUGUCCAGGGUUAGAGAAGAGGCAUGGGGGGAUCUUGCCGUGGGAAUACAAGACGGAAAGUUCAACGCGGCUAGGUUCAUUUCAGAAAGAAGUAGAGCGCCACGAAAGAGACUAAGAGGGGACUAUUAUAGCCCUAGAUCAUUGACACCAUCGACAGCGAGCAUUCGUUCAGAGUCACCCGCCGACAGUAUUUUUGGUAUCAAGCCAAACGCCAAGUUGAGAAUAGCCACCAAGAACCUCGCCGAGCUCCAUCGCCGCCGAUCCUCCUCUGUAAGCUCAUCAUCUUCUGUUUGCUCCUUGUCUCCUGUCGAACUGGAGAAAUCCAAGUCUACUGUGUCGGCAAUGUGUGGCACAUCUACAUUCGACGAUGAGAGCGAUGCAGGCGUCUCCAUGUCGUGCGACACACCCACCACACGCAAUGAUGGCAAGUCUACAUUCUCCUUCGUGUAUGAUACGCCCUCCAACCAGAGCCAGGGACAACCCAGCUCCAAGGUUUCUGUUGUAUGUGGUACCACUAGGACAAAGAACCGAGUUCGGCGGACAAGCUCUGUUUCUUUCGUUUCCUCGCCCUUGUCGACCGAGAAGAACAUCGAAACAGAAGAGACGGUUUCCUUGACGUUCGAUAGCUCGACGAACCAGACACGGGUUCACCGCAGCAGUUCGAGCAUCUCCUUUGUGCCCUCACCAGUGACCGUCGAGGAAGAGAUCGAGCCAGAGGAUGCCCUGCAGUUGGUACUGCACGCUCCCAUGACUAGAAGACUCACCAAGAAGACAUCCACGGUCUCCAUCGUCCACGAAUCAAUCGCAUCUCAGGAGGCCCAAGCCCAGCCCACCAUCACCUUCGAAGAAGAAGAAGAGACCCUCCUCGAUCCUGAUCAGGAGCUACACUCCCCACCCGAGUUUAUUGAUGAGUCUCCCCUGGAUAAGUCUGAGGAUGUCUCUCCAAUCUUGAGGUUUGUGGAUGAGCUACUCUCGGAGAGCGAGCCAGAUUUUGAACCUCAAACCCCUGCCACUCCAGAGCCUGUCAAAGAGAUUAAGAAGAUAGAUGGCGGGGAGAGUAGCCCUUUCACUUCAAUAGUUCCUGGGAAAGGAUUUGACGCUGAGAAGGAGCGUACCGUGGAACAAAUUGUGGAAGUAGAUACGCCUACCGCUAUUUCUCCCGAGACCCCCGUUGAGAAGGAGUUAGAGUCCAGCCAUCGUCUGAAGGGGGAUUUGGAUAUGGCAAAUACCGAUAAAUCUGUCCCUGAGCCCACUUGGGACGACGAAGAGGGCGAGAUCACUUUGGUGGAGGACCCAGAACUCAUGGCUUCUACUCCUGUCAAGGCUGUUCCGCCGGAAAAGGUCAAGCCAAGGCGCUCCGUCACAUUCGACCUAGAGCCCAACGUGAUCGGAGACUCUGCCAUAAUUGAUGAGGCCGAUGUGGCCGAGGAACCUGAGAUGAUCGGAGAGCCUAAACUCAAGACAGCUCCUUCCUUUGCUUGCGAGCCUGUCUUGGAACCGAGUGAGGAAGAGCCAGAGUCCUUGGUAUAUGAAAUCCCUCAAAAUCUCGUCGAGGAAGAAAUAAUUGAGACCAUCCUGCCUCCAGAGGUAGAAGAGGAGGCACCUGAUCUGCCAGAGGUGUUCGCCACCGGUUCUUGCCUUGCAUACAUCAUGCUUCCGCAAACGAAUCUCGCCAUGAUUUUCUUCCAGCGUCCUGACGAUAUGAUUCAGUUCGGUCUGCUGUCAAAGUCAGACAUUGGCCGUCACGACGUGAGCCUCUGCAUUGGCUCGCCCAUCACUAGGGCUGCUCCUAACUCCCCCCUUCAAGCCUUGAAAAAGGAUGGCACCAUCGCGCUCUACUUCCAGAGGCCCAUCGACUUCCCCCACCAGAGUCCGAUCAUUGCGGAGUGCAAGAUGGUCCAGAAUGGCGACAUGAUCACCUGGGAGGUCAGGAACAUUGACCUCAAGAUGUCGGCUACACUGCAGCCCAGGUCGGAUAUUGGAUACAAGAGGGUUCUCUUCCUCGAGUCCGAGUCCCGCCCGGGAGAGGUCGUCGCCGCCUCGUGCUCUCAGGACAACAAAUGGCGAGUUGCACACACGCCCAUCUCCAUGCCGAUCUCCACGGGAAGCUUCUCGUUCACUACAGCUGGGAUCGCAGGCGUGGGCGGAAACGUGAGUGACUUCUUCCGCAUCCGGUCUUUGAACGAGAAGGAGGUAGUCCAGUGCGAGAUUGAGGGUCUCCGAAGCUGGCCUGGUUUGGGAGACCAGGAGAUCAGUGAGGCUAAGAUCCAGGUUGCCCGGAAGCCGCUCAAUUGGCAUGGCAAGACGCCAUGCGCAUUCCCUCUCUCUUGCGCAUUGAUUGAGGGCAACAAGGCUGCUCUGAUCGGCGUCCUCUGCAGGACAGACGAUAAUGGACUUCAGCUGUACCGCGGGCAUCCAUGGUGGGACGAGUUCAAGAAGCCCGAGCUGAUCUGCAAGGUCAAGAACGGAUCCAACUUUCUGUAUAUCAAGGAUUGGGGUGACAUUCUGUAUCUCACACCCGAUGGUGACAUGAGUCGCGCACAUGUGACUCUGCACAUGAACAACAGUGUCACGGUCAACAUCCAUUCUGCUCUCAAGAUUAGCGAUGCCAUGCCUAUGACACUGAGCCAAGACUUCUUCGCGUAA